AUGGGCACAAGGAACCUGCUUCCAAAGGAUGAUGACUUGACAGAUGCUCGAAUGGACUACGUUGGUCUGGACUUACCUGCUAUCUCGGCUUGCCUUGCCAUCCUGGCCGGCACAUUGAGCGAGCCAGAGGACCAGGAGCUGACGCGCCUACUAAGCCUUGACGACAUUCAGGCACCAGAGAGAAGCUUGGCAGACGCGCCGGAAGAAAGCCCUGCAGACUCCCCCACUUACUGGUGGGUCGGAAUGUACGGUCAGGUCGAGCACGAGGUAGCUGCCUGCACCGUCUGCAAUCGGUUCAAGGCGACGUUCGACGUCAAGGACCCUGAGCCCAAGCCUCUGCCUAUCAUGGGCAUGUUCUAUCGAUGGGGCGUAGACCUGUGCAAGUUGCCACAAAAGUCCGACGACGGCAACUGGUACGUCGUCGUGAUGGUGGAGCACUUUACAAAGUGGAUGGAGCUCCGUGCAAUUCCGGCCAAGGAGGCCAAGGACGUCGCAGCCGCCUUUUGGAGCGCCCGCUGA